AUGACGCGUCCGACCGUCGUGGUGGUCGUGGCCUUCAUCGUGUGCGCUGUAGACGUUCUCCUCCCCUCCACCUCUCUGCCUGUGGGUAUUCUCAGCAUGUCUGCGCUUUUCAACUUUCAGUCGCUCUUGCUUGUCAUUCUCCUUCUCAUCUGCACCUGCACGUAUGUGCGUUCAGUCGCACCGGGCAUCGUUGACCGCAACAAACAAGGCUUCCUCGGUCUCUUCUGGAUGUCCGCUCGCAUUGGAGAACGUCUCUCGCCUUACGUCGCCAUGGCCUGUGUCACCAUGGCCGUCACUCUGCUAGUCCAAUAG